CAAAAAAGAUGCAUCCUUUCUUGCUUUGUUUCUUGUUUAUUCUUAUUCAAGGUGCCAUUCAAUCCGGGGCAUUGGUUUAUAAUUUUGUUGUGAAUGAAGCUCCAUACACAAGAUUAUGCCACACAAAGUCCAUUUUAACUGUAAAUGGACAAUUUCCUGGACCUACAAUCUAUGCACACAAAGGUGAAACAGUCAUCGUAAAAGUUGUCAACAUAAGCAAAUAUAACAUCACUCUUCACUGGCAUGGGGUGAAACAGCCAAGGAAUCCUUGGUCAGAUGGACCGGAAUAUAUAACUCAAUGUCCGAUCAGACCAGGUGGAAAAUUUACACAAACUAUAAUAUUAUCGGAAGAAGAAGGAACUCUUUGGUGGCAUGCUCAUAGCGACUGGGCUAGAGCAACCGUGUAUGGUGCUUUUGUUAUCUAUCCUAAAUUGGGAACUGAUUACCCUUUUUUAAAGCCUGAUAUUGAAGUGCCCAUCAUUUUAGGUGAAUGGUGGAUCCGUGAUGUGAAUGAGCUUUAUGAGGAAUUUCGGGCCACAGGUGGACAGCCAAAUGUAUCGGAUGCUUUCACUAUAAAUGGUCAACCUGGUGACUUGUAUCCAUGCUCUACUGCAGAAACAUUCAAGAUACAUGUGCAUCAAAGAGCAAGCAUUCUACUAAGGAUAAUCAAUGCUGCAUUGAAUGAUAUUAUGUUCUUUGCAAUAACCAAACAUUCCCUUACAGUAGUAGGAACUGAUGCAAGCUACACAAAGCCCUUUACCAAUGACUACAUAUCGAUUGGGCCGGGCCAAACCAUGGACGUUCUCCUUCACGCCCAUCAAAAACCCGGUUCCUAUUACAUUGCUGCUCGGGCUUACUCGAGUGGGACAAACGUCGAUUUUGAUAACACCACAACUACAGCAAUUUUACAAUAUGAUCAUACUCCCUAUUAUGAACAAUUAUACUCUAACUUAACCCUUAAUUUACCUAAUCUUCCUUAUUAUAAUGAUACUAACGCGUCUUAUUCCUUCGCGACUAGCUUAAGAAGUUUAGCGAGUCAUGAUCAUCCGGUUCAUGUUCCCUUAAAGGUGAAUCAUAGAAUUUUCUCGACUAUAUCAGUUAACGCGUUACCAUGUCCUGCUAACCGAAGUUGUGAGGGUCCAAAUGGGACUAUAUUUGCUGCUAGCAUGAACAAUAUAAGUUUUGUUCUACCAGAAAUUGACCUUUUAGAGGCUUAUUAUUAUCAUAUUAGAGGUGUGUAUGGGAAAAGGUUUCCUAGGGUUCCUCAUCUGCGAUUUAAUUUUACUGCGGAGUAUCAGGAUUUGCGACUUGAAGUCGCAAAAUUGAGCACACAAGUUCGGGUUUUGGCUUAUAAUUCGAGUAUUGAGAUGAUCUUACAAGGCACUAGUUUGGUUUCGGGAUUGGAUCAUCCUAUGCAUCUUCAUGGUCAGAGUUUCUAUGUUGUUGGGUAUGGAUUUGGGAAUUUCGACAAGCAUAAGGAUCCUAGAAACUAUAACUUGAUCGACCCUCCGUUUCAAAACACUGUCGUUGUGCCUAAAAAUGGUUGGGCAACUAUCCGAUUUAAAGCACAUAACCCUGGAGUAUGGUAUAUGCACUGUCAUUUCGAGCGCCAUUUGACAUGGGGUAUGAUGACGACGUUCAUCGUAAAAGAAGGAAAAGACAUGAAAUCACAGAUGUUACCUCCACCUCGCGACAUGCCGCCCUGUUGAGCACUCCAUGGAAGCUUACUCUUGGUUCUGUUCUCAGUUUUGCUACACUAAACUUGAUAUAUUUAAACUCUGGAAUUUGUCAUGUAUGUGUGUGUUUAUUAGUUGUGCUAGUCCUUUGCAACUAGCUCAAUAUG